AUGUCUACUGCACCAACGUCUGCGCCUGCAGCGAAUCCAACAACUGCUUCUGGUCCCACAAAGGUUGAAGGACAAGUUGUCGGCACGAAUGGCGCAACGCAGUCCAGCGACGUUGAUUCUAAGCCCAUCGACUGGGAAUCUGAGAUUCAACUUGUCUCGUCACUAGCAAAGCUACAAGAACUGGAACGCAAGAUCCACGAAAUUCGACAGUUUGUUCCCGCUGGACUCUUAGAGCCAUUGGGUCCAAUAUCAAGCUCAAACAAACUAUCCACCAACAACCCAGCCGCUGAAUCACCAGCAGUUCUACGCAAUGAUCUCGGUCAAUCGGCAAACGCUAGAUAUGCCAGUCUCGAGCAGUUCCAAUCCAUGUGGCGCAGCCCGGAAAUGAAGCCUGUUUGGGCGCACGUGGAAGCGCGACUGAAAGAAGCCAACGGUCAAAUUAUCCAGCCCACAGGAAUGUGGGAGAAAGAUUAUGACGUCCUUUUUGCUGAGAUGACCAAGGCCGAGAAAACCAGAGAGGACGAGCGGCUGCGUGAAGAAGAAGACGCCGAACGCACAAAAGCUUUAUCUUCUGAGGGCCAGUGGACUGCCGUCAUUGAAAGAUUUGUCCAGCGCGAUAUCCCCGGUGUCCGUAUAAUCAAAGGACAGAACCAGACUUCCUUGGUUGUUGCACUUGCAAGAGCUGGAAUGGUCUUCCUCGUUGCAGGUGUGCGGGACUUCAAGUCCUCCGAUGUGUCCGGGUGGCAGGUAUCUAGCAGAGUGGCGCCAGGUCGCUCCACAACAAAACUUGAGCAAGCCGUGCUCGAAUGCCUGAACUCGAGGCCGCGCAAGUGGGAUCUUGCUUUCUUAUUAGAUAUGAUCGCUUCAUAUGCAGAUAUCAAACAAACCCCCUGUACCAAGUGUACCCAACUCACCAACAACGCAGCACAACUCCCAACAAUCCGCCGCGCACAAUCUACUCAUCCAUCGACAGACGAAAAGGUCCGAAUCUUCGCAUUUGACGCCCUCCAUUCUAGCUGUGCUUGA